AAACGGAUUCUCAAACAAUUUAACUUGAAACAGGUUGUGGUCAUGCCAGGCGAGGCCGGAGAGAAGCCUCAGCUGGGGGUCCGGGCCAAGCGCAGGGAUCCAGGACAUAAGGCUGGACUUCGGGCAUCUCACCCACGAUCCUCUGCCCAGCUCAGCUCCCAGGAGCAGAUCGCCAGGCUAAAGGAGGUGAUCGUGGAGUUGGAGUGUGAGCGUGACAAAGUAGUGCAAGAGUGUGACAGAAGCAAACAAGCAUGUCAGAAAGAGGCCAGAGUGUCUGACCCCACUGACCUGAGAUGGCGGAUCAACCAGCUGGAGGGAGAGAAACUGGAGUUGGCCUCUAAACACAACCAGGAGGUCUCACAGCUGGAGGCUCAGGUUGCUAGGCUACGGGCACAGGUUGAGCGUGGGGAGGCUGUGCGUCAGACACUGGAGUAUGACAUCGUCGUGGCUACGAGAGACUCAACCUCAGAGAGGAGCAAAGCAGAGGCCAGGUUGUUUGAAUUGCAAAAAGAGAAACAAGAACUCAAAGACUUGAAUGGGGAGCUCUGCCAGACGGCCCAGGACAUGCAGAGGGCUCUGGAGAUUAGCCGGCAGGCCCGGGAGGACGACCAGCAGGGCCUCAGUGCGGAGCUCACCGAGAGGGACCAGCUGCUGCUCACAGCCCAUGCGGAAAACGACCAGCUCAUUGCAGACAAGAACAGACUGCAGGCAAUUCUUCAGGAGCAGGAUGACACUCUGCGGCUGCUGAAGGAGAAGAUGGAUGUGGAGCAGAGUGAGCGCGAGCGCGACAGACGAAGCCUGAGGCAGCAGGCCAGCGAGCUUAGCCACUGCGUGGAGAGAGAGAAGAAACGGAGAAAAGACUUGGAGAUGAAGCUGAAGACGGCCGAGGCUGCGCUGCAGUCAGAGCGGAGUGUCCAACAGGAAGUGACCUCAGGCCUGCAGGGCCUCCGCGACAAGCUCAAAGAGACAGAGAGUGCCCUGGCGCGGGAGAGCGAGCGAGCCAACGAUAUGCACGUCAGACUCGUACAAAUGGAGGAGGAGCAGCUGAGCACUAAGACUGAGCUCCGGACACUACUGAAGGAAGAGAAGGCCACCUCCGACCGCCUGAGAGAGAGCAUGCAGGAGCAGCAGAGCACGCACACACGCACACAGGAGCAGCUCAACGCGGCUCUACAGAAGCAGAGGUGUUUGGAAGAGGUGUAUGAUGGUGUUCUCACUGAACUUGACCAGCUGCUGCAGGAGCACAGUCAGCAGGGGGAGACAAACACACACACCACAGAGGACGGCAAACACAGUCCUCCUGUUCUGAUGGAUGCCCUCAGAAGAACACUGGAUCACUACCAACAAAGCCUGGAGAUGGCACAAUCACAGCUGCAGCAGACAGAAGAGAGAAAUAAAAUGCUCUCUCAGGAUAUCUCACAGAAAGAUGAAGUCAGCAACACCAUGAAGAAAACAUCGCAGGAGCACUCUGCGCGCGUGUCUGAGCUCUCAGACGAGGUGCUGCGUUUGCGCUCCAGCUGCGUAGAGGCGGCGGCCGCCGCAGACAGGGCCCAGUCCCAGCUGCAGGAGCUCAAGCAGCACUGCGCAGACACGCAGGCCCACAUCCACACACUACGGGAGCAGUUCCAGAGAGAGGAGCAGGACAAGCUGGCGUUCCUCCACUCCCUCUACCAAAGGCUGGUGGCUGGCUGUAUUCUCCUCCACUCCCCCCAUGGCCUGCUGAGCAGCUUCUCCUGGGCGGAGCUUUGUGCCGUGCUGCAGGAGCAGACUGACGUCCUUCUCACCGACCUCCACGCAGCCAAAGAGCAGGUGCUUCAUCUGGAGGCUGAGUGUGAGCGGAAGGCAUGUUCCCUGCGGGAGCUGCGUGAGGCCCACGGCGGAGCUGUGGAGGGCCUCACGGCGCAGCUGCGUCUCCGCGAGCAGAGCUGGCUGGCCCAGAAGGAGGAGCUGCUCAGGCAGCAGAGCAGCCUCACCGACGAGCUCCACCUCAGGACCCAAGAGCUGCGGCGUGAGGUGGAUGCGUGUGCGGAGCGUGUGUGUGCGGUGGAGCGGGAGAAGGCGUGUGGUGCGGCGCGUGCCUCUGAGCUGCGGGAGCGCGUGCGUGCGUCUGAGCGCCUGUCCUCCGCGCUGCUCCGCGGCGCCGCCCUGCUGGCCGGCGCACUGUGUCCCCUCCUGCGCCGCGUCAGCGAGCUCGCCCGCCACAAGCGCCUGCUCCAGCUCCGCCUGGACGCCCACGCCAAGCUGGAGCGCGAGGUGCACGCCAUCCUGCGGGCGCUGGCCACGUCGGGUCAGGAGGAGGACGCGCACACACACACACACGCACGCACGCGCACACACACACCUGAGGGGGAGGCGCGAGCGCAGCGGAGGGGCGUGUGGGGGUUCCGGUGUGCGGUCAUCGGGGUGCUGGCGGCCCAGCGGUUCCGCUCACUGGGCAGGAGCUCGCGCGUGUGUUUCGUGGCCGACAACCCGUGCGGAGAGGGGCCCGUGAGCGUGUGUGUGUGUGAGCCCGAGAGCAGCAGGAGGGACAAGGAGAAGGAGAAGGAGAAGGAUGGAGAGAAGGUGACGGAGGAGAGGAGGUGGACCCAGAGCGCUAAACUCAAGACCCUCAUCUUAACCGGCACAGAGGAGGGCACAGACAUGGGCAGUAAGUUUUCCAUGUUGCUGGAGAGGCUGGUUGCUGACAGUGACAGUGUCUACGGUUGUUACACGGAGAGGGGUUCAUUAUCAAGACAGCUGGCGCAAGGCCUCUACCGCCUCAGAAAGACUCAGCCCAUGUCAACUAGCCUGUACAACAGCAAGAGUGUGGUAUCCUCCCUUCAGCAGCACAUUCUGGCCUUCACGCAGCGUCUGCAUGCAGCUGAGGUGGAGCGCAGGAACAUGCGCAUGGAGCUGACGGAGCUGCGCCGCCAGGCCCUCGUCCCCCCACCCCAGGACCCCAAGCACACUGCGUGUGUGCCGGCGGCACAUCUCGAGGAGCUGCUGUCUGAGCUGAGUGCGGCGCUCCAGCGAGAGCAGCAGGCUCAGGAGCUGCUCCACCAGCAGGCCCAGCAGCUACAGGAGCUGGGCCUCAGCAUGGAGCUGCACGCUGGGGACCAGCAGGAGAAGGACCGCACGCUCACUAUGGCCGUUAAGAGUCUGUCUGAGUGUAAGGCUGAGCUGCGCAGGAAGGAGCAGUCUCUGCGUCAGCUGGGCAAACACCUGAGCCAGGCCCAGCAGGACAAACAAGAGCUGCAGCACAGCAUACACAAGGCAGAGAACGCACUCCGCAUGGCUGCCAAAACGAAGGAUUCCUUGGCCAGCUAUAUGAAGUCAGUGGAGAGUAGUCUCAAAGAGGUGAAGGAGCGUAUUGUGCUCCACAGUCCCACCCUCUCCCCACGGGACAUUAUCUGGCAGGUACCCAACAUGCACUUGGAGAUGCCAGGUCCCGAGAGACUUAUGGGAGGGCCAGAGGUGGCAACUUGCCAGGGUGUUGUGAGCAGUUUUGCAGAGGUGUACCAGCUGUUGUGCAGUAAGCUGGUGUGUGUGGAGAGAGAGCUGAACUCCCGGCGCUCACACAUCUCUGCCCUCAAGGAGGAGCUCCACAACGCCUGCCUCCGAGAGAAGAGCCCCGUGAGCGCUGCUCCUGACCCCCCAGCAGCAGCCAGUGGCCCACCUGCAGAGACGGGCGAUUACGGACCGCUUCCUGUCAAGGCCUCCACCCACCACUCCACCUCCCAGAAGGGCACGGCUCAGCCAGCGAAGAAGGCAUCCAAAAAAAGGCUGUAAACCAACUAGCCCACCUGCCAACCAAACAAACACACUGGACUCAUGAACAGA